AUGAGCAGUAAAAUCACAAUAGGGAGAUCUCGGCAGUUUUUUAUUUUCUAUUUUUUGGUAUUUCUUCUUCGAUCAAUUACAGGACUGGCAGACAGCUCAUCAACAUCAAAUUCCAAGAAUGCGAGUAAGAAGUCAUCUAGUAGAUCUAUCGGAUUGGAAAUACUCCUUAUAUGCCUUGGGCUGUUGGCCGCAAUUGCAUUUGUUGUUUUCUUAUUCAAGCUGUGGCAAAGGAAGAAGAGGGAGGAGCAACAUGCACGUCUUCUAAAGCUUUUUGAAGAAGAUGAUGAGCUCGAAGUCGAACUUGGUAUCCGUGAUUGA